AUGCGUUCGGUUACGUUAACUCAGUCGAAGCCGAUUGGCGCCGCUGCCGUGACGAUGUUUUCCUCGAUUUAUACUCCGGUGGAACCGCAGUCCUUCGGUAGCUACUCGAUGGAAUCCCGCUUACGGGGGAAAGUGCUCAUAUUUAAUCAACGUGAAUUUUCCAACGGCUACAGCACCCGAAUCGGAACGGACAGGGACGUUGAGCGGCUAUUGAAGGUAUUGCCGCGGCUGGGGUACGCCCGGGAACACAUUGAAGUAUUCGAAAAUUUGAAAGCAUCGGGAAUUGAGAAGGUUGCUUUGAAAUUGCAAAAGGAUGCCCAACUGCAUCUGUGUGACAGUUUGGUGGUGUUUUUUCUUACUCAUGGAGAAAAAAACGACAAGUUGGUGGCCAAAGACGAAACCUUUCACCUGUACGAGUUCAUGGAGAAGUUUAAGCCGGCAGUGAUGCCGGCAAUGGCCGGCAAGCCGAAGCUGUUUUUCGUGCAAUCCUGUCGGGGACAUAAGCUGAAACGAGGAAAACAGCUUCAAAACUGGGUAUCGGAAACUGCUUCGUACGUGGCGGAUGGUGUCGCGUCGGUAUUUCUGUCCGCGCCUUAUGCUGCUGCCGUCUACGCUGCCGAGUCUUUCGAUGAGGAAGAGUCCCCGCCUGAUAGUUUUCCAGAUUUUUCGGAUUUUCUCAUUGCAAUGAGUGCACAACAUGGUUAUUUAUCGUUCCGGAAUGAGCAAGGAAGCUGGUUCAUCCAGGAGCUAUGCAACGCUUUUGAGACCUUCAAUCCGCACUACGAUUCCAUUUUAGAUAUCCUAACAACAACCAACUGUGCCGUCUCGAAACGAACUCGCAACGUUGACGGCAGACCCGACAACAGGAAGCAGAUCGCAAGUUUCUACUCAACGCUGACCAAAAAGUUGUACUUUAAGCCGUUUCAGUACUAAUUCCUAAUGUUUCAACUCCUUAAAACAAGUUUUGACUGCUGUCACUCUUGAUUUAAUCAAUCACACAACCAGCUGAAACCAUCCCAACCAAACGGAGAGCACAAACUGAUAAGUAUUUAUAACCCACCCUGAAACCGGUCAGGAUCCGUCCCGAGAAACCGUCGUCGUCGUCGUUGGCAUUCCAUCCUUCUCUGAUUAAUUAAGUCUUUCGCCGUCCGGGGGAAUUGUUUUCCCCUCCCCAUGAUGGGUGUGGGUGGCAGAGCUAAUCUGUCCGAAUGUUAUUUUGUUGCUUGCUGGGACGGGAGAACCCUCCCCUCACUUCGCCACCCUCGUCCACG